AUGAACUGCAGCUAAGAAUUAUCAUUCAACUCAACUUAAGAGUCUUCAUGCUUUUAACUAGAUUAUCCAGCAACACCCAAGGAAGAUUAUAUGCUUUCUAAGUAUCCAUCUGAGAUGAAUGUCAAAAAGAUCUAAACUAAUAGUAAAAAUUCAAAUAGCAAGAAGCAAUAUGUCUUAAAGACUUGCCGCUUCACAGACAAAAGAAUUUAAGAAAUACCUUUCCCAAAGAUGUUCCUCACUUGCUUAGACGUACUCAUUGUCGAAUCUUCAUCUGAAAUGGAUAAACUCAAAGAAAAUAGAUAUCUUGCAUCUUUCAAUUAUUUUAAGAGAGUAACAAAUAUAGAAAGAAAAAUCUUGUAGGAUUGGAUAUGUGUUAAUUUAGAGUAUGUGACAAUGAAGAAAAUCCCUAUAAAAGUCAUGCAACAACGUUUAUGCAAUUCUAAAAACAAAAAAGGAUAAAAGGUUUCUGCCUUGUUAGAAGAAUAGCUCUUAUCUUACAAUCAUGCUAAGAAGAAUGACCAAAUGAAAAAAAUGUCUCAAAAGUAGAUGGAAUAAGCUCUUUAAUCUAAAUUCUGCUACUUCCUAGAAAUAGAUCAGGACGAUAACUAAGAAGAUAAAAUGGAGCGCCUAAUUUAUGAUUUUCAUGUUCAAUCUAUUUACUUCAGCGGUCUUUUGAGCAAGCUAGUAGCAGGAGAUACAUCAAAUUUAAUAUCUUAUAUCUCAAGCAAUGGCAUUCCUGAAAUUUAUUCUGAAGAUUUGAGCUACUUUGAUUUUUGGACAGAGCGCCUUUCUAAAUCAAACAAAACAGUAUAAUCUUCAGUUAAAACAUUUGAUAAUUACAACUUUAAAUGCCUUGAAAAAAUUCGCAUGUUCUAGCAUGAAGAAAAAGGAACCCUAUUAGUUUAAAUAUGUUUUGAUUUUGAAACUCCCCUUUCUACUCCAUCUUACACAGUCUCUGAUAUGACAAAUAUUUAUAAAUUCAUGAAAUCAGAAAGAAAAUCCUUAGUUUCCCUUUUAAAGAGCUCUAAGGAAAAUCUUUACAACGACCCUUUUGUGAAUAGUAUCUUUUAAGAUGAAAAACAAAAGAAUAGCCCUUUUAAGUAAUAAAUAUUUUUGUAAUCAAGCUUUGCGUCACCUUAUUCCUCUCAAAAAAUUAAAUCCUCUUCAUAACUAAACGAUUCUCUAAUGAUCAAUACAUUUAGCGAUCAAUAAGAAUUUAGUACUUGCGGAUUCAAAGAAUUAAGUGAGUUGUACUACUUCUGA